AUGGAUCGAUCGACGGUAGAGAAGCGAGUUUCGAGGUUCACUCGCUUACCUCGCUCUCGAUCGGUCUCAAAUAUGCUUGAUAUCGUGCAUAAUUUUACAAAUCUAGCGACGGAUAAGUCUCCUUCCGCUCAUCAUACACAGUCCGAAAAUGCCCCGAAUCUGUUGACAUCCAAUGAGGAUGGAAGAUGGUCAAUAAAGUCCCUAAAAAGGGAGUGGAAAACGAAAACACAUACUCAGUCGUUGUCAUAUGUACCUGAUGUUAUGCCGAGUAGGACGAAUGAAAAUCGCUACCCGAUAACAUCUUCACCUCCUAGUCGCGGCUACUUCUCCCGCACGAGGUCAAAGUCCUCCUGUGCAUUUACAAGUCAAGAGUGGCCUGAGAGGACCUCAUCGAGGAAAGGUUGGGGUCUUCCCUUUACGGCAACUCUGUCGUCAAAGACACUUUCUCGGGCCGGACAUACAGAUGAUAUACGGCCAAGAACCCAAGGUUCGAUAGGGAAAAGGGAUCCUUGGUUUAGCUCACUAGCGAGGACGGUUACACCCAUAGAUGCUAAAUCUGUUACGGAGUGUCUUGGUGGUAAACCACCCUCUCGGAGUCGCGAAAAUAGGGAAAUAACUCAGAGAAUUUCCACUGAAUUUAAAGCGAUUAAUACCCACAAAUUUCCGACAAUUGCGGGCAAAACGUCCCAAAUUUCACUGAGAAUAUCGGUGGAAAAUGAGGAGCAAGGACUCGACCACCACAUCCUACAACACCCAGGCGUCCCAGGGAAUCUGGUCGCCUCGCAUGAAGGCUUACGGGUAGACACAUUGAGUCUUGCCCGAUCGACCCUAACACCCCCUGAGGAUCAAUCGCUACCUGAAUCCCCCGGGUUCCCCAAAAUGUUGGCAGCGAUGACUUUUCCUUCACCACCUACAGCGGCAGGGUCAGCUUCAACAGAGGUCGGCCCAAGAACGCCAGCUCAAACAGAUGACGCUAAUCCCCCAGUGGUACGGCCCCGUACUUCCAGUAAGCGAGCGUAUACCUCCAACGGAGUGCUCACAACCUCGCUCAAUCAGCUUUUGAUGCAAAACAUACAGCCGCUCGCGCACCAUGGUGAGCCUCAGAAUGUUCCCGGCCUUCCUUCUAUGCCAGGGUGCUCGGCGUCCAACCACAAGGUCGAGGACCCAGUCAUUGCGGCUAUAGUAACGCAAGAUGAACCGUCUAACAUGGAUGACUUGAGAUUGCAACCUUCUCCAGCUACAUGCGCUACAUCAAUUAGGACUAGUUACGGCUCCACCACCCCGACAGUGAGUGUUGAUAUAGAUUCGCCUAGGGAGUCUCUAGCCAGUGAUAUUACGGUGAUGACGAGUACGCGUCAAGGAUCCUCCAUUACAGAUAGCGCGUGUCAUAUUCCGAUAACAAGUACAACUAGUCAAAGCAAAGAUGUCGCGGCCGGCGUAAAGAAGUGCUCACCGGACCCAGAAGCGGCAGCAUACAGCGACUUUGUCUAUCGACAGCCAAUCUCUAACGCAAUCCCGCCGCGGCCUCAUCGGGAUCCGAGUUCAAUAAACUCACCACUCCAAGACCAUGGAGCAUCUUUAUAUAACAAGAUUAACGCAGAAAACGGGGCAAUAGCCCUCUCAAGUCGCGAUUUAAGUGGGCGAAAGAGCAUAAUCGAGAGACGAAUCGCGCGGAGAGCCAAAGUCCAAGCCUACAAGAGACGAGACUUAGACGCUGCUCAGUUUAUUCUCAAGGAUGCAAUAGCAGACCCAAUAGACCUGGAGUCAACGGAUUCUCCUGUUCUCGGGUGGUUUCCCGGGAAUGCGAUUCAGUCACAAAGAUUAUUACAUCGAAAAUCGCCCAUGGCAUCUACCAACCAAUUAAUCCCUACCACCAACAAGUCUGCAUGGCGCCGUCAACCAUUAUCUCUCCCAGGUGAGGAUGACGGCACCACGGUGCCUGUAGUGCUGGAAUCGAGGUCCACAAGCCAAUCUCAAAGUAAUGGCUGGGGAAUCUCUGCUGUUAUGACCACAGAGGUAGUCCCGGAACAGGUUGACUAUGGUUUGCUUCUGCGAGGUAAAAUCGGUAGAAAUUCUAUAUCUCCCAUUAUGGUCGUUACCGACCUAAAGCCUCAGCCAGAUCCAGCACACGAGCCCCCAACACCGUCACCAACAAGUAUCUAUCCAAACUUCAGAACAGCUCUAAGGCACAAUCUGAAGAUAAUCCCACAACCCCGUCCGAGACCCUUGUCAAUUCUGAUUCAUAGGAACCCUGACACCGGUGAUAUUGAACGUACUAUAUCCGCUACAACGAGUAAAUCCAAUCGUCACAGUAUGACCAGCAUGCCAACGCCACCAUCGUCGCCCAGCAUCCUAAGUCUAAGGAGGAGAAGUCAUCCUGCUGGAAUAAUCUCCCUCACACAAUCACCUAAUUCUCACAACACGCCGAAUUCACAGCCAGAGGAACCGGCACAGCAUCCCAUCGUUCAAGAGAAAAGCUACGAGGACAAAUGUCGGGCAACGUCAAUAAAAGAGCGUCUACAAAGGGAGAAACUAGCUAAGGAGCAAGAAAUAUCUGAUUUAGUCGAUAGGAUGAUCAUCACGCCUAAAACAGGAGAGGCAAGCGAAGGAGAAAUUGUUAAGGACUCACCAGGGGAGCACAUGACGCAGCAGAUCGAAAAACGAUUAAGACGUCUCGAAGAAAAUAGAGAUUCCCUUCUGCACGUAAUUGGCACGCUAUUGGAAAAUAUGUCUAGAACUCUCAAAGAGAUACGAGAAGAUAACAAUGGGAGGGGGCUGACAAUGGGAGAAUUUACCAUCAACAUGGAUGCCGAGGCAGGACGACCGUCAAGCAACAUCUGCAAAGAGUACGGUUCGCCUUAUGUUAGUAACAUUGUGUUGUAG